GUUUCGGUCCCUUUCCCUUCCCCUGCUCGUGCGCUUCUUUCCAGAAAACCAAAUGAAAUCAAGUUUCAAUUUGAAACUUGAUUUAUUCUUCCAAGCCCAACUUGAGUUGGUUCACUUUAAUUGUUUGGGCUUUUAGGGUACUGAUUCAAUGAUUUAAUAUUUUGAAAGAAAUUGGACUCGAAGCUCAGGACGAACGAACCAAGGAAAACAAAACCCUUAGCAAAUCGCAGAAGUGAGGUACCGCUGGGAACGAUGGGAACGAGUAGUGGCGAGGAUUUCACUUUAAUAAUUUCCACCUAGUUUAUGUUUUAAAUUUUAAAUAGUUAAUUAAAUAUUUUUAGUAAGUUAUAUACUUUUACUUUGGUAAUAUAAAGGAUUAUUAUGUUAAUUUUGGAGGAUUUAAUAGCUUAAGAUUGAUGGUUGCCUUGUAAUUCCCAAGAGGGAGUUACGGCAGGUAAUGUCCCGACCGAUUAGGUUAAUUCCGCUGCUAAUUAUGCUUUAAUAAGUGAAUUAGAGGUCGGGGUGUUACAGGUUCGAAGAUAGAGUUUAUUUUUUUUGUUUUUCAUUCAUUUCGUUCCCCUUUUGGCUAAUAUUUUAAGCAAAAGUAUACGAAGUCAUUUUUAUUUUUUUACCUUUGACCCAAUGGCUCAUCCCUGACCUCAACCCAUUUGACCCGAUUUUCGAAUUUGAAUGAAAUCAUGUUCCAAAUUGAGAAAUCUUGUUCAAAUCCCAUUAAAAAAAAAUAAGUACAGUUAGAGUAAGUUUUCAAAUCAGAUCAUUUUAUGGCAAAUCUAUUUUCACACACUAUUUUUCUUAGUACUGUUUGAGCUAACCCGUGAAUUAUUUUAUAUUUUUAUUGUUCAUUAUUCGUAGAGUCAAAUAUCUAGGUAAAUGUAACUAAUAUUUCAUAGAUUAAAACCACUAGUAAUUUUUUACUAGUACUUUUCUCAACUAAUUUUUCCUUGAUCAAAACUUUGAAACUUUGAAACUUAUUACAAUUGGUAAACAUGACUAGUACGUGUUUUAUACCGAGUCAACUAAGAAGUUGCAAAAUUUCCAAACAAGCCAACCAAUAUAAAUUUCCUAGGCAAUUCCUCAUAGACAUACCCUCAUACAGUCAUACUACGUGUAUUUAUCAAGUAGAGGUUACGUCGCACUUUCCGUCACCCCUUCACAAGACCUUUUAUUCCAUGAACCAUAGCCCCACAAAAGGAAAUCAGCCAAUAGCGAAUAUCGUCAUUUUACCUCUUUUGUUUACGUUGGCAAGCAAUACUUUUAAACCCAAUUGAAAUUCAGAAACAACAUUUCUCCUUCUCACUUCUUUCUAUCCUAUUUCCCACCCUAGCGGCUUAGUCUUAGAUCAUAUAUAAAUAUAUUGAUCAAACUAAAUGUCACAUAUAUUACAAUUUCAUUCCAACCUUGUUUUGAUCAACCAAUUAUUUAUAUCCGUUCUUAUCAAAUGAAUCCUUCUAUUUCCUCCUCGUGCUCGUUAGAAAUUACCAUAAAAUCGGCAGAAGAGCUGACCAUAGGAAAUCAAAAACCUGUAACAAAAAAUGUUUUUGUAACAAUUUCUGUAGAAAACCAAGGGUAUACAAACCAACUGCGAACGAGACCAUGUGUGGAGGGCGCCAAACCUACGUGGAAUGAGAAGCUGUUUACGGACAUGUCAAAGAAUGCAAAAUUUAUUUUGUUAGAGGUUCGAUACAAAAAGAGGUCAACUGAAAAGUCAAUCGGUAUUGCUAAGGUUCCGACAUCAGAUUUUGUAGGAAAUCAUAUGCCUCUAAACUACCAACAUUGUCUAUGUUAUAGACUAAGAGAUCGUAAUGGCGAACCAAAUGGGAUAAUUAGUUUUAGUGUGAAUGUAAAAGGGGAAUUAGAUAAUUAUCAAUGUAAUCAAACAAAUCAAAAUUAUAGGGAAGCAAUAGAAAUACAAGGGUUUGGUAAUAGAGAGAAUUGUUAUAGGCCAAAGCCGAGGCUCGGAACAUCGUUGUUAGGUGACCGGAGGAAAUCUACUGCUACUGUUGUUGGAGUUCCUGCAGCGUGGUACGAUUCAUGCCAUGCUUGAUUGGUGGCAAUAUUAGGGGCCUUAGGGCAAAUGCGGAUUUGAUAUAAUCAUCAUUUCUUAAUACAAAUUUGAUUACUUGUGAAUUAUUGUUGUAUAAAAUUUUAAGUUAUACUACCUCUGUUCCUUAAAGUUCUUUACUUUUGUUAUUUGCACAGACCCCAACUCAAUAUUUAUCCAUUAUUAUAUCCAAUCUAGCAAAAUUUUA